CACAGACAUGGUAAGAUAAAAGACCAAGUCCCUUUGUUCGCCUUGCUGUCAUCCGUCUGUAGUCCACCAGACAACAAAUGGCUUACUGUAUCUCUCAAGAUGGCCGCCCCCUGAGGGUCGUUACUCCGGACAACGCCUACCACCACCCCACGAAGCGCAGGGUCAGGCUGGCCUCGGUCAAGACAACCUUGUUCCACCCCAACCUGCCCACCCUACGUCACAUUGAGAGGGAUAAUAAGAUGUGCAAGUUGCCAGACGAGCAUUGCCAGACGACGACUUGCUGCACGGAGAGAGACUUCACCUACACACAGGUGAACCCCCUGAUUAGCCCAACCCUCACCCUGCACUCUCUGGAACUGACCAAGACAGGUGAGAAGAUCAGGGACCAGUACUCGCACUGGAAGAACAUUCAGGACACCGUGUACGAGUGGGCACAUUUUGAUGCCCAGGACCUCCUGAAGAUGACCCGGAGACCGCCCAGUUUUGACGCCACGAACGUUGAACCCUACCGUCUGGACGGUGUCAUGGUCAGGUGGUCCAAGCCAAAGAUGCGAGACUGGAGGUGGAACUAUAUACCAGGAAAAAACGAAACAAAACUUGUUCUUCCUGAAAUCCAUGACUAUCAACAUUAAAGAUAUAGAUACAAGAUGGGCUUUUUUAGAUUUUAGAUAUUUAGAUAUUUGAACGCUUUCAUUUUUUAAAACAUCAAAAUGUUAUUUUUAAGGCGAAAUUCAUCCCCGAUGUCUUAGUCAAUGGUCUAGCUAAAAUAAACGUAUGUUUAAUAAAACAAUCAGUAGCUGAAGUCGAAAAAUGUGUUUUUCUUAUCUUUCUAUGGUUUUACUGUCCAAU